AUGCCUCUAAUCUAUUGCCGAGGUUUUCCCGCAGCCAAUGUUGAUCCGUCUUCGGACAUCAACUUAACGCUCCUUACUAUUCAUUCCAAUACUGGCUUCACCCACCGCGUCGUCCAUCAACAGGAAGCUCGCUCAAUUGUAUCGGACGUCAAGCCUCGGCGGCGUGGUAUGCAUUCGGACAUUCAUGUAGUUGUGCGUUUCCACGGUCAGUCGGUCUUUGCGGGCGAAGAGCUCCGAUGCACCAUCACCUUCAAGAAUGUCGCAACAUCCACCGAACCCGUCUCUCCACCCCUAGGGACGGGUAGGGGAAGUAGGCGAGAGAGUAUCAGUCAGAUUGCCGCUCAGAUCAAUCGAAACAACGCUUCUGCGAGGUUGAGCUACCCGAAUGGACGGGUUAGUGGCAACAACGACGAUGCCACGGAACCUGCCAGUGGCAACCGAGCCAGCGCCUCGCACAGAGCAGGUUCUCCCGAUGAGCGCCAGACGCAUGUCCGGAGACCGACUCAUCAACAUCAGCGGUCUGUUUCUAUAAUGUCCGUCACUUCUCCAAUCGCCAGUGGGGAUGUCGCAGACAAUGGAAGUAGUUGGGCAAGACAGCAGAGGUUGGGUCAUCAUCGGACAUCUACGAUGUCUACUCCACAGGCCGUGGCCUCUCAUAAUCUAUAUGCAGCAGGGCGUCGUGACAAUUGUCAAUCGCACAGAGAAUUCCCAGCGGGUUCGCCGGUUCCACCCAAAGGUGGACGACGCAGUCCUUUGUUCCAAGGCACUCCUGAAGACCAUGACUCCGCCAUCGAUUUCCAGUUCCCUUCGGAUAGAGAUGCCAACAAGUCCCCAAGUUCUACUGUAGAGGAAACCCUUAAAACAGCCACAGAUCAACCAGGACACACAGCUCGAAUAAUCUCGGGGACAAAGCAAGUGGCCAGCGAGCGCAGCAGCGGCGACUUUUAUUCUCUAAGCAAUCAUUCUCAAGAGACUCUGACGUCUGAGCAGCCUUCGAUACUGUCCGACCAUCGACCGCUGUUUGACCACACGAGUCCUCUUCCUCGCCGAGGGCCGCAGAAACCGCCGCGGAAGCCUCAAGCAGUGAACCUGCUGAUGGGAUAUGCCCAACUGAGUGCGAGUUUCACGCUCGACGCUUCUCUGAUCGACCAAGCUCACUUUGAGGAAGUCAAGAGCAAAGGCUUCCUCGGCGGACAAGCAGGGGGUGGGGUGGUGGGCAUGAAGAAACCUCGACCGCACAGCGGGUUUCUAGGCAAUUUCAGUCUCAACAACAUUGGCGAGUCACUAAACAGUUUGCUCAACGGCGAGGACAUGAGCAGCGUCCGGGAAAUGAACGCCAUGAAGAAUUCCCGAGCCAUCCCGCUCCUUUCUACACCGCAGUCAUUGCUGUUUGUCGACAUGCAUCUUGAACCUGGUGAGGAGCAAAGUUACUCGUUUGUCUAUCCCUUGCCACGUGGCCUUCCCUCCAGCCAUCGUGGCAAAGCCAUCAAAAUAUCCUAUAACCUGACAAUCGGCGUGCAAGGACUGCCAGGAAGCCGAGAUGUCCAUACCGUCCGACAGGUCAACAUCCCUGUUCGCGUGUUCUCGGGUGUCAACUAUGACGGUGAGAUCUUUGGCCAUGAUCUGAUGCAACCUCACGUUGUCCUUCGAGACAUGGCACGCACCAAAAGCAUUUCAUCGCCAGACAACCAGGAAGAGGUCGAAACCCCGAGGUCGAAAUCGGAUGCCGAAUCAACAGCCGAGUUUCUCCAGUUCGUGGAUGGACUGUUGGAUCGCAACCGAAGAAGACAAUCAAGCAGUGGCACGAUGGAUGCCGCAACGCUCACCGACAACCCGGAUGCACAAAAUCAAACUCGCGCCAUACAGGCCAUCAACCGUGCCAUUCUCAUCAGCAAUCAACUCGCCGGCGGCGAGUCCAGCCCGAAUCGAUUCGAGAUUACUCGGAAUGGGCAGAGAGUGGCAGUGAUUGUGAUUGACAGGCCUCUACACCGGCUCGGGGAGACAGUUACGGCGGUCAUUGAUUUUACAGAUGGCCAUGUUCCUUGUGCGUCUCUCCGAUCCACGCUCGAGACCUGUGAGAAGGUCAGUCCAUCACUGGCCGUCAGAUCUGCCGCAACCAUCAACAGGGUCACGAGAAAGAUCUACUGGGGCUGUUCAGAUAACGUCCUGUUCACCAAGCGCGCCAGCUUUACUCCAAGUAUACCAGCCUCGGCUACACCGACUUUCACGACUUCGGGGGUCAACCUUGAAUGGAGUCUGCGGUUCGAGUUUGGGACCAUCAAACCAAUUGAGAAUGACGAAGGUGAAUUGAAGCCUACGGUGGACCUGCUUGAAGAGGUGAUUAGGGAUGAAAGAGGGGUGAUCAAUGUUGCUGUGGAGAACCUCGAAUGCGAGACUUUUGAAGUCGUCAUCCCCAUCACCGUAUAUGGUGAUAUGCUGCCGGACAGCGCAGAAGGAGCAGAGGUCGUUGCAAUUCCGGUGUGA